UUGAGGAACAUGGUGAAGUUACUCAGCAGGAAAACCUAGCUAAUAUUGAUGAUGAGUGUAAUCAGUUGGAAGUUGCAGAAUAUGUUGAUGACAUCUACCAGUAUUAUUGGGUUGCCGAGGCACAGAAUCCACCAUGCACAAAUUACAUGUCAAUUCAGACAGAACUUACCCCCUCUAUUCGUAGCAUAUUAAUCAAUUGGCUGAUUGAAGUACACUUCAAAUUUGAUUUAAUGCAAGAGACUCUUUAUCUGACUGUCACAUUGCUGGACCGUUAUCUCUCUCAAGUCCAAAUUAAGAAGAAUGAAAUGCAGUUGGUUGGUCUUACUGCGCUCUUGCUGGCAUCAAAAUAUGAGGAUUUUUGGCACCCUAGGGUCAAAGAUUUAAUUAGCAUCUCAGCUGAGUCAUAUACAAGAGACCAAAUGCUCAGAAUGGAGAAGCUUAUUCUUAAGAAGCUUAAAUUUCGUCUGAAUACACCCACUCCAUAUGUCUUCAUGUUAAGAUUUCUCAAGGCUGCUCAGUCAAACAAAAAGCAGCUUGAACAUCUGGCGUUCUACCUAGUUGACCUGUGCUUGGUUGAAUAUGAAGCUUUAAAGUUCAAGCCCUCAUUGUUAUGUGCCUCAGCUCUCUAUCUUGCGAGGUGCACUCUUCAAAUGACUCCAGCUUGGACUCCACUGCUUGAAAAACAUGCACGAUAUCAUGUGGUGCAAAUGAGGGAGUGCGCCGAAAUGAUUUUAAAUUUCCAAAAGGCUGCAAGAAGUGGAAGAUUGAAGGUGACAUAUGACAAGUAUAUGAACUCUGAUCUUGGCAAGGUUGCAGCCAUAAGACCCUUAGAUAGUCUUCGUCUUUAACCGGACUUGCAAGUACGUGUUUUCUGUCUACUCAUACCUUAGUUAAUUAGAGAGGUUUCCAUAGUACUGCAUACUGAGUGUAUGUACGUAAGGCAGGAAAUAGAUGUUUUUUUUUUUCAUCUUUUUUGCGGUUCCUAUUAAUGUAAAUUGCUUUUAGCUGACUCUUCCCUUGGCAGCCUUCUAAGUGUCA